AUGGAUAAAACCUCUCCGUCUAAAAACAAGUCAGGAUCGUCUUCCAAGACCCGUUCAAAGGCCAAGAACAAGCCAGACGAUAGAGUGCCCAGGUCAAGUUGGCUAGACUAUUAUCUAUCACAGACAGGAUUUUCGGACGAGGAGAUCCAGGUGUGUCGUGAAUUGACUAUGGUUCGUGGUAGUCAAUCCUCCAAGGAAAGGGACCAGUCGGUAUUGAAGCUAGAGCUGAACGGAAUCGUUAUUGCACCUCUUCCUGUAAAGAAAAAGCGACGCCGCAAAACUCCUCAGAAACACACGUCUAGAGGACGUGAUGUGAACAGCAUCGAACAACAACACUUCCUAACUUUCAGCGAUUUGACCAACCGAUACUUUCGCUUCUGUGGGACACCAAGUUAUGACAUUGGAGCGCUUCAGGAAGAAUCGGCCAUUCUGGACAAAAACAUCGAACAUCAUGUUUUCCAAAACAACAAAUGGUUCCCAAAGCAUUCUUUUGGUGACUCUGCAGCAUUUAGUGCAGAAAUUCGGGAUUUUAUGUCUAGUUCUCCACUGUGGGACGAUAGGAACCAGAGAUGGCUAGAAAUGCCCAAUCACCCAAAGGCCGCGGAAGAUCUCCAUGCGCCUCUCAUUAAUUUGAUUACCGCGGUCAUGCAACGUUUCAGGGGAUUUGAACGAAGAACGAUUCAAACCAAUCGCGAUUUUUAUAGCAACUCUUUAGAUGCCACUCCAGCUCAACAAGUAUGCAAAUUCAUACCUGACAUCGCUAUACUAGAUCCUAGUCUGAGCCCGUUGCGGCCUGCAGGAAGUGGAAGGCAAAUAUCGUCGACAUAUGUCAAUUGCAUUAGCCCAAUCCUGGUAACGUUACGUUCCAAAAAAGCAGUGGACAAAAACCACCAUCUAGGGCAGAUGAACCGUUUUGCCUGGCAAUGUUUUCUAGCUCAGGAUAAUCGUGAAAUCGUUUAUGGUCUCCAUUUGCUUGGCCCGGGACAUUUUCAGUGCUACAGCUUCGACCGCAGUGGCGUACAUUGCGGUCCUGUCUUAGAAACCUCCUUGGAUGCAGUCGAGUUUGUCCGCACGAUCAUAGCUCUCGCAUGCUACGAUAUUGGUGCUCUUGGAUUUAAUAAGAAUGUAUACUGGGGCUUGGAGGGUAAAAGAUAUUUAAAAACUGUUGACGCGGAAAGCAGAGCUACGCGUUAUGUGCUUACGGACACUCGGCCAGUAUUUCGGUCUCACUGUUUACAAGGUCGCGGAACGAGCAUAUGGUCAACAAAGGAUUCCAAUGGAAAACAUAUUUUUAUUCGGGACUCCUGGUACACGACGGGUGGCUUUCCAGAGGAAGGGUUCUUGGAAGCUGCAGAACAGCUCGUGCCUCUCGGACCAUGUAUCACCACCGAACGAAAGGAAUUGGUUUCGAAGAUGAGAAAUUUGGAGCAGACACAAGGGACCAUCGAAAGCCCUCACGAAAAUGUGUUUUGGGACCGAGUAUUGACUAGGACAACCUUCGAAGACACAUCUGCCCAACUCUCUGGUUUUGGUUCCCCAAAAGGACUUCUAUCUUACCUCGGUGAUAUCUUUAGAUGGCAUCAAAAUGUCUCGAGAUUUGGAUUUGAAUACCGUUGGCGACGAGUAUCUACUAUUUCUUUGCCAAUUGAGAAAAGUCCAGUUGGGUUACCCAUGCCCGUGGAAAUGAACCUUGCGUACUGGCUAAACCGCUCGACGAGUAUUUUAGGUGUGUUCCAUAAGCAGGAAAGUCUUGGGAUCCUACCUCUUAACUCUCUGAAGGACCAUCUUCAAGUGCCCAGGCCACCGAAGGGAUCCUACGAUCACCUUGACACUAUUGAAUCAUUGUUUUAUGCUCUGUGCUGGGUGACCAUCGGGUACUCAAAUCUUAGCCAGGCAGUCUAUCCCAUCCCCAAUUGCCUCCAGGAAUGGGAUGCGUCGAAUCCUUCUAUAUCAUAUUAUAGUAAGAUAAAAAUGUGGACCCAGGACGAGUUCUUGCACGCCAGCGAAGUCACACCUUUUUUCGGACCAGUUUUUGCGGACCUUUUGAAGCAAAUUUACCUGCACUUGAAGCCAUAUGUGACUUACAAAUGUCUGCCCAUAGUCGCAGCUUCCCCGUUGAUUAACGCAGACCGCGACUACUCAUGCAUGUUAUCGCUUGUCGACGGGGCUUUCAAGAAUUUAGAGAACGUUUCUGCCGGAGUAGCCAUUACUGAAGAAGCUCUGUCAAAUGGGUUUGAGAGCGAUAUCACCUGGCCCUCCCCUCAGAACAAGCGACCACUGGAAAGGGAUGACGAAGAUGGGCAGAAACCUAGUUCGCCCAAGAAAAGGCAAAGGAGAAGCUCAAAAGACAUCUAG